AUGGACAUUAAAUUUGACGAAGAGUUCUGGAUCAAGGUAAUCUAAUAUUCUUCAAGCUUAUCAUUGUGUGCUAUAAAAGAGACCUAAAGUCACAACCUUCGCAGAAAAAGAAGCUAUAAAACUAAACUGUCUGAAAAUGAUGGUUUUCAAUUUAAUCAUUUUAAACGAUAUGCCAUAAGUUCAAACAGUCUCAAAUAUAUUACUUAUUAAAUACUCUUUAAUUACCUAAAUUAGGUUCUUUGUCCAUUGGACCAACAUUCUUGAGAUUUACACUCGUUAAUCUGGAGUAAAAAAAUCUCUUAAUUUAUCAGCUAGGCUGUUCAGAAGUCUUCUACAUCCAAGUUCCCUUAAACUAUUUGAAAUUCCAUUUCAGAAGAAACACUGCAUCUUUUGUUUUCAGAAACAAGGUACCAUAUGCUUUGAUUUUAAAUGAGCAGUUAGAUUGGAAACAGUAAUGCAUCUGUUAUAAUCCUUUUUGGGAUGUCACCAUGACAAUAUCUGGAAGUAAUUAAUAUAGCUGAAACUGACAGGUUCAUCAAAAGCAGAAUGAAGGAUUAUUGUCUUGGAAUAGAGCUUUGGAUGAAGUGCAAAUUGAACAUUUAAUUCAAGAGUACAAGGACAAUGGAGAACAGGAAGGUGAAGAUCCAGCACUGUUGAUGUUGAAGCAGUGGCCAGCAUCUAGCCAGUACAAAGAUAACUCUGAUCAACUCCAAGGUCUUGGACAGAAGGUGUGUAAGUUAAUUAGUGUUGAACAAUACCCUGUUUGUUGAUCUAUACAUUCAAGGUAUUUGGACAUCAUUGACACAUAGGCACAUCUCUUUUUGAGAAGAGUUUUUUAAUGCAAUUGGUUUAAUUUAUAUAUUUAUGUACAAAUGCUUCUUUGCAGAUAAAUCGAUUUUUGAAGAUUCUUUUAGAAAGUGAACUCAACUCAGACAAUAAAUACCAGAGGUUCAGUGACAAAGAGGACAAGUUAAGGAAGACAUUGCUGCACUACGCAGCUGAACUUGGCUUUUUGCAUGUCACCAAAAACCUGGUGAAGAAAUGUCCAGGGCUGCUGUAUUUGAAGACAAGAGAUUAUAAGGAUAAAAGGGCCAUGCUACCAGUAGAGUUAGCACUGAUAGCAGAGAGGGGUGAGGUGGCAGCAUAUUUGAUAAGGAUUAUGUGGCAUAAAAGGUACAGUUACUUGCUGUAUUGAGUUAAGGGGAAAUGGAAUCAAAACAAAAACUCCCUUGCUUUUGAGUGUAUUUAACUUUAAGAGCAUGUUAUUGACAAAGUUGUCCCUCUGAAAAUCAAACUGCCCAUUUGCUAUCUAGUAAACCUUUAUUCUUCUAUGUUCUUGUCUAAAUGAAAACAUACAACAUUGAAGGAUGAUACCCAUCUUUUUGGAAAAUUAAAGGAUUAGUCAGUCUUGGUACAAUACAUUGCUUGCUUUGUCAUUGUUGCUAGAGUCCAAGGCUUAUUUUCUUGGAGACCAGAUGGCAAGAUGACAAAUCCUCAGCCAUCUUUCUUCAGCUUCAAGAGUAUUAUUGAGAAUCCUAAAAUGGAGGUGAGGGUUUUAUAUAAUGGCCCAUGUACAGUCUCAAAGACAGUCCAUCAGUAUACAGUUGUAAUCUAUAUAAGGUAAACAUACUUCACAUACUUCCAGUUAUAUUGAGAUGUUAUUAUCACAGAAGAGGCUAAUAACAGUACUAGAGCUUCUGGUUUCUGUGCAUUUUGCUCAGAUGUUAUUAUUAUGCCCCAGAUGUAUUGACAUGUGUGGCUGUUUGCUGUGCCAUAACAAACUUUAUUAUGAAAACUUGAAGGGGGUGAUCAUACACAUUAUUAAAAUGGAAUAGUGUGUAAUCUAUAGAAUUUAUCAACCUUAGAGAUAUUUUGUGGAACAUUCAUAGAAAACAGUAGUGGCUAUACUGGAUCAAAUGGUGAAUCCUCACUGGCCACACCUUCCAAAACACAAAGAAAGCUAUGAAAAUGAAGAAGAAAAGGAGGGGAUUGAAGGGGCUUGGAACACAAUCACAGAUGAUCCAUUGGAAUAUCACUUUUUUUAUCAUAUCUUGGAUGGUGAUGAGGGAGGACGGCCCCCAAAGAUUGUGACCUCAGGGUGGAAAGAGAAGAUAACUAACAAAUAUUUUAACAGGAGAGACAAGUCAUGUUUACACAUGAUUGCAAAGAGCUAUAAUAAGGUAAGGCUAAGAACAAAAAAAAUUUGUUUAUUAAGAUUGUGUAUUUUAUUUUGUUGCUGAGAAGGUUUUCACUUCUAACCUUAGGAGGCUUUGCAGCAUCCUGUGGUUAGAAUGUUGGUUAAAACAAAAUGGAAAAGUUAUGGACACUGGCUUUUAAGGUAGAGUUGAUACAAUUACUUAUUAUCAAGGUGGUAGAAUUCAUUGUAGUGUGUAUUCAAUGUUGAUUAAAAGCAUCUAGCAUUGGCACAUAAAUGGAUGGGAGUGGUUCUUUAUCUACUGAUUCCAGGCAAAAGAGAGAUAACUCUGGUAUUUAUGAUAAUGAUCAUAAUAAUUGUUAAGUUAGAGGGUUGAUUAUUUUUUGUUUUAGAGAGGAAGACUGAUGAUUCAACUUAGAGAAAAUGCUGUAAGGAUUAUAAGAAUGGGAAACAAAGCAAACUGAAUGAAAUUUUUAAUAAUCAAGUCUUACUAUUACAGCCACAGUACUUAACACACACAGUGAGCAAUAUGUAGAGAUAGUUCAAAAGAGGUGCAAGCUGCUGGAUUUUUAUGCAGUUGCAUUAUUUAGAUCUAAUCCUGUUACAGAGAUAAUUAAAAGUAACUCAACUUCAUAAUUUAGUGUCUGACUUUUCUUAUCAAUGUCCCCUUCAGAAAUUACAGUUUUUUGUCCUAAAUUUGGUAUUAAAAUAUUGAUGCUUUCCUCUGGAAUUUAUACAAUCUUAUAAAUCUUGUUAUUGCUCAACAGUCUUCAAGCAGGAUCCUUUGUCAUGUUCUUGCUGUUCUUGUCAUAUUCCCUGCUGCAUGCCUCUUCAAAACUGGACCCCACACAGUACACUGAUGUACCAGAUUUCCUGCGAGGAUUUUGUGAGAUUGUCACUAUUGUUAUGGCAGUCUUUUACAUCUGUGAGGAAAUCCAUCAAAUGAAAAUGUGGGUAAUUAUAGCUACAUAUAGCUAUAGGUAAUCCUAUCAUAUAUUACACUGACUCAACAUAACAACCUGUGAACUGAAGAGCAAGGUGAAUAAUUUAGUCCUUAUUUAUCUUUCAAUAAACAAUGCACAGAUAUUUGUCUGCUGACAUUUAUAUCUGUUCUAAGAUGUGAACAGUUUUUCAAGAGGGAUUACUUUGAGGAAAACUGUGAGCUGUGAGGAACAGAUAAUCUCCAGGGAUAUUCCCCAGUUUAGAUGGGGAAUAUUUGGUCAUGUGAUGCCUUUAGACCAAUCACGCAGGAUGAGCAAAAAUAUUUGAUGGGUUAUAAGUAUUGGUCUUACAGCAUCCUAUUUUUGCUACAGUCCCGUCACAGGGUAAACGUAUCUUAAUUUGUCUGAUUUCCCACAGAGAAAGGCAUUCCUAUUUCACAGAGUGGUUAACCUUGCUUGACUGGUUAGGCCUGCUGUUGAUCUUGUGUAUGAUUCCCUUGCGAUAUGCUGAGAGUGAUAUACAGUGGCUGGUGGCAUCUUUAACUUUCCUGUUCAACUUCCUGAGGAUAUUUAAGUUUUCUUGUGUAACAAGGUAAGGUAGCCCACAAUCAAGGUUUACUUUAUUGGAGCAUUUGCUACUUACCUCCAAAUUUCCUCCUUGUAUAAGCAAAUCUGUAAUUUAUCACAACGAGUAUUUGAUGUAUCGUUAUGCAUAUUCCGUACUUUUAAGAUAAUUCCCGUUCGCUGUCUUGAUUUAAGUCAUAAGUAGUCCGCUGCCUCAUCUUUUUCAGAACCACAGGAUUAUACACACAUACUUUGGCUAAGAUAGUUUUACAUGACGUCACAAGAUCCAUGGCAGUUUUUGUUGUAAUCUGUAUUUCCUUCUGUGGUGCCUUAUCAUUAUCGCUUUGUUACUCAGAUCAAAACCAACCGUUCAGGUGCGUUUUCAAUAUUUACUUGUUACUUCAGUCCAGGUUGUAACUCGGGAAUGUUGUGUACGAUACAAAUUGCUAAAAAUAUUUAAUUUACCUUUAGUGGCUUUGGGGAUUUGAUGUUGAGCGGAUUUCGUGCUCUGUUCGAGCAAAAACCAAUGCUAGAAGAUCACUUACAUUUCAAGUAAGUGGUGGUUAGCGUUCUUUCAGGUAGUUUUUUAUAAACGGACUAUUUUGUUUCCUCCUUUACAUAGUUGGUUCAGGCAAAUUUACCUUCAAGAAUUGAAUAUUUUUUUCUCCUUGCAGCUGGCUGUCAGUUCUGUUUAUGAUGGCCUACAUGGGCACGGUGACUGUGAUCCUUCUUAACAUUCUCAUUGCACAGAUGAGUACGACCUACACUCAGGCCAAGAAAGUCGCUCGUCUGGAAUAUGAUGUGGAUCGUAUAUUACAGCUCACGCGCAUGGAGAGAUUUCCUUUUUUUGGUAAGUGUUCAGUGAAAGAGCCUAUGAGAAUCGAGCAUUGAGAGGCAUGUGCUGGUUUGUGUUAUUGAGACCAUGUGCGAUCACGAAAGUAAUUGAGAAUGCGAGAACGGAUGUGAGGAAGUGAUUGAUUUUUUUUGUACGAAUUUUCUCUCUGCAGAAUUUGCGCACUAAGCAUUACAAGGAGAGAGACUGGAUCAGUGAAAUGAAACUCGCAAAAGGUCGGUAUUAAAAUACUUUGGAAUAAUACUGCGGUGUUAAAUAUAUCAUCUUAAGCUGUUGUCAGUUGGAAUGGAGACUCGUAAGAGAAUAAUAGGGCGUUGUUACUGGGCCCGGGUGAAGCAGCGUGAAAACGAUAAGUUGGGCAGUCUACCGGUUAUAAACUUUUUUGAUCAGUGAAAGCUAUGAAGUAAAUCUGAGAGAUAAUUUUUUCUUCUAUUCUUUGUUAUUUCUCCUCCACGGUAGGUAAGGAAGUCAAAUGCUGUAAGUUUCUUUUUGUAAGAGUUUUUCAUUUCUGUUUGUUUUGUAGAACUUCUUGAAUUCAGUGAAGAUCGCAGUCCUUGGGAAUCGGUCGAAGAGAAACUUAAUUCGAUAAGGUAA